ACUAACGUAAUUACCUCCGGUGAGGAAACCUUUCUUUGGAUUUACUCCAGCGAUUUGUUUAUUAUUAGACUUCGGUUUUCUCUGCCUUUACCGGUGCUAUAUAAGACGCCUGAGACCUUCUCUGAUGACACACGGAGCUUCUCUUCUGUAAACGCUGGAGAGUGCUGCUCAUAUAUACAUUGCUCAUGGGAUCCUCCGUAGAAAACGGGUGGCUCGUGUCGCUUUCCCUGGCCGCCAAAUGUAGUGAGCUUUCCGCCUACCCCAUCCGCCUCCUCUCCCUUGCCAUCAUUGUUGCAGUUUGCUGGCUUGCGACUACCCUCCUCCACUGGGCCUACCCUGGAGGCCCUGCCUGGGGAAGGUACUGGUGGAGUAGGAGGAAGCCAUGGGGCCUCGGCAAAGCCAUCCCCGGGCCCCGCGGCCUCCCCCUUGUCGGCAGCAUGGGCCUCAUGUCCGGGCUCGCCCACCGGAAGCUCGCGGCUGUCGCGGACGCCAUCCCCGGAGCCCGACGGCUCAUGGCGCUCAGCCUCGGUGACACCCGGGUGGUCGUCACCUGCGAUCCGGGCGUGGCCAGGGACAUCCUCAACAGCCCCGACUUCGCGGACCGCCCGGUCAAGGAAUCGGCCUACGGCCUCAUGUUUCACCGUGCCAUCGGCUUCGCGCCCUACGGCGCGUACUGGCGAACCCUGCGGAGGAUCGCGGCCACCCACCUCUUCUCCCCUAAGCAGGUAUCCGCUUUGGGGUGUUACCGUGCUGAGAUAGCUGCCCAGAUGGUGCGCGCCCUUGACGGCCUCGCAGCCGAGCCCGUCCAGGUCCGAAGGAUCCUGAAGCAAGCCUCCCUCAACCACGUCAUGCGGUUCGUCUUCGGGAGGAAGUACGAGCUCCAGGGGGGGAGCGAGGAGACGAAGGAGCUAACGAGCAUGGUAGAAGAAGGCUACGAGGUCCUAGGGAAGCUCAACUGGUCGGACCAUCUGCCAGUGCUCACCGGUAUCGACCUGCAACGAGUCCGGUGGUGCUGCUCCGUGCUCGUCCCCCGAGUCAAGCGAUUCGUAACCCGCAUCAUCAAGGAGCACCGGGUCGAGCGCGCGCGCGACUCGGAGGCGGCCCCCCGAGACUUCGUGGACGUUUUGCUGUCCUUGCAGGCCCCAGAUAGGCUAUCCGAUCCCGACAUGGUCGCCGUCCUCUGGGAGAUGAUAUUUCGGGGUACGGACACCGUGGCAGUGCUGAUAGAGUGGGUGUUGGCGAGGCUGGUGAUGCACAGGGAGGUGCAGGCGAGGUUGCAGGCGGAGCUGGACGCGGCUGUCGGGACGGACCGUUUGGUGACGGGUUCCGAGGCGUUCGCAGCGCCGCCAUACGUGCAGGCGGUGAUCAAGGAGACGCUGCGGGUGCACCCGCCGGGCCCGCUGCUGUCGUGGGCGCGCAUGGCGACGUCGGACGCGCGCGUCGGCGGCGGGGCCCAUGUGGUGCCGGCGGGCACCACAGCCAUGGUCAACAUGUGGGCCAUCGCGCGCGACCCUGUCACCUGGCCAGACCCGCUCCGGUUCGAGCCGGCCCGGUUCUUGGGCCCCUCGGCCGAGUUCCCGGUCACGGGUUCGGACCUGCGGCUGGCGCCGUUCGGGGCCGGGCGGCGAAGCUGCCCCGGGAAGGGGCUGGCAAUGGCGACGGUCGAGAUGUGGGUGGCGGCACUGGCGCACGAGUUCGAGUGGCAGCCGGCAUCGGCGGCUGGCGUUGACCUCUCGGAGGUGCUGCGUCUGUCCUGCGAGAUGGCGGCGCCACUGACGGUCAGGCUGCGGCGUCGCCGGCUGUCCACCUGAUGGAACGUGGUGUUAGCUGUUCAGUUGUAAUCUAUACGAAUAGUUGGAUGUGAAUAGAGUGGCUUCUAAUAGUGGCUUCCUUAUAACUUCACGUCGUUUGUAAUCUUCUGCCUCUCUUUCUUUUUCUUAUAACGAAGGCUUGUGUAUGUUUUACUA